AUGAAGAACGCUUUCGUCCUUGCAGCGGCUACGCUGCUUGGUUCCGCCUCCGCUGGAGUCCACAAGAUGAAGCUCCAAAAGGUCCCUCUGUCGGAGCAGUUGGAAACCGCCAACAUCGACGCUCAUGUCAGAUCGCUCGGCCAAAAGUACAUGGGCAUCCGUCCUGAGCACCACACUGAGGAGAUGUUCAGAGACACCUCUUUGCGCAUCGAGGAGGGUCAUCCUGUUCCAAUUAGCAACUUCCUGAAUGCUCAAUAUUUCUCAGAGAUCGCCAUCGGAUCCCCUCCCCAAGAAUUCAAGGUCAUUCUUGACACUGGAAGCUCCAACUUGUGGGUUCCGUCGUCUGAAUGCGGCUCCAUUGCAUGCUACUUGCAUAAGAAAUACGACUCGUCUGCCUCAUCCACCUACAAGUCGAACGGCUCUUCAUUUGAGAUCCGCUACGGCUCUGGUAGCCUUAGCGGAUUCGUCUCAAAUGACAAUGUCCACAUUGGCGACUUGAAGAUCAAGGGCCAGGACUUUGCUGAAGCCACUUCAGAGCCCGGUCUUGCCUUCGCCUUUGGCCGAUUUGACGGCAUCUUGGGUCUUGGAUAUGACACCAUCAGCGUUAACAAGAUUGUACCCCCCUUUUACAAGAUGCUCGAGCAGGACCUGCUCGAUGAGCCUGUCUUUGCCUUCUAUCUCAGUGACACUAACAACGGCGAGGCCGAGUCCGAGGUUGUCUUUGGUGGCGUUGACAAGGACCAUUACACUGGCAAGAUCACCAAGAUUCCUCUGCGCCGCAAGGCCUACUGGGAGGUUGAGCUUGACUCAAUCACCUUCGGUGACGCAUCUGCCGAGCUCGACAACACUGGUGCUAUCCUCGACACUGGCACUUCGCUAAUUGCCCUGCCAUCGACUCUUGCAGAGCUUCUUAACAAGGAGAUUGGAGCCAAGAAGUCGUUCAACGGCCAGUACACGGUUGACUGCGACCGACGUGACUCCCUCCCGCCGCUUACCUUUACUCUGACCGGCCACAACUUCACCAUUGGUCCCGAGGACUACAUUCUUGAGGUCCAGGGCUCUUGCAUCUCUUCAUUUAUGGGCAUGGACUUCCCUGAGCCUGUUGGCCCUCUCGCCAUUCUCGGUGAUGCCUUCCUCCGCAAGUGGUACUCUAUCUAUGAUCUUGGCAGCCACAGCGUUGGCCUUGCCAAGGCCAAGUAA